ACUUCCGUCUUGGAGGCCAGGGGUGGCGCUGCCGCUGUCCCUCGCCCGGAGGCAGAGAUGCGCUGGCGCGUCACGGCCAGCAGCCCACAGUGAAAAACUAUUGGAUGGAAGGCGACGCCCAGAACUCCAGGAGAACGCUGUGGGAGGACGCGAGGCCAGGCGACUAAUAGGCCAGGUGUGAGUCCCCAAACAGCAUUCUCCCCUUCAAGAAAGGAAGCUUGGGCCACAGGCUGGGACGGAAGCAGAGGGGCAGACACGCCGCCACUCGCCCGGCCUCGAACCGCCGGCGACUCAGCUCAGCCGAGGCGGCCAGGAGGUCCGCUGGCCCCGCGCCUGCGCACGCCGAGCCCCGCCCCGCCCCGCCCCGCCCCGCGCCCUCCAGGCCCGCCCCGCCCUCCACCUUCUGCGUGCGCACAGCCUAUAGCCCGCCUCCGUGAAAGACUGCCGGGCGCAUGCGGUCGGGGUUGUUCACUGGCUGUCCGGGGCUCCGCGCGCGUCGCCGGCCCGACUCUGUCGCUGACGGGAGGAUCUGAAGCCGGCCGCAGGUCAAAGAGUAAAAUGAAGUAUAUUCUGGUUACUGGUGGUGUUAUAUCAGGAAUUGGAAAAGGAAUCAUUGCCAGCAGUGUGGGCACAAUACUCAAGUCAUGUGGUUUACAUGUAACUUCAAUCAAAAUUGACCCCUACAUUAACAUUGAUGCAGGAACAUUCUCUCCUUAUGAGCAUGGUGAGGUUUUUGUGCUGGAUGAUGGGGGGGAAGUAGACCUUGACCUGGGUAACUAUGAGCGUUUCCUUGACAUCCGCCUCACCAAGGACAAUAAUCUGACCACUGGAAAGAUAUACCAGUAUGUCAUUAACAAGGAACGGAAAGGAGAUUACUUGGGGAAAACUGUCCAAGUUGUCCCUCAUAUCACAGAUGCAAUCCAGGAGUGGGUAAUGAGACAGGCGCUAAUACCUGUAGAUGAAGAUGGCCUGGAACCUCAAGUGUGUGUUAUUGAGCUUGGUGGAACCGUGGGGGACAUAGAAAGCAUGCCCUUUAUUGAGGCCUUCCGUCAGUUCCAAUUCAAGGUCAAAAGAGAGAACUUUUGUAACAUCCAUGUCAGUCUAGUUCCCCAGCCAAGUUCAACAGGGGAACAGAAGACUAAACCCACCCAGAAUAGUGUUCGGGAACUUCGAGGGCUUGGGCUUUCCCCAGAUCUGGUCGUAUGCAGGUGCUCAAAUCCACUUGACACAUCAGUGAAGGAGAAAAUAUCAAUGUUCUGCCAUGUUGAGCCUGAACAAGUGAUCUGCGUCCACGAUGUCUCAUCCAUCUACCGAGUCCCCUUGUUGUUAGAGGAGCAAGGGGUUGUAGAUUAUUUUCUUCGAAGACUUGACCUUCCUAUUGAGAGGCAGCCAAGAAAAAUGCUGAUGAAAUGGAAAGAGAUGGCUGACAGAUAUGAUCGUUUGCUGGAGACCUGCUCUAUUGCCCUUGUGGGCAAAUACACGAAGUUCUCAGACUCCUAUGCUUCUGUCAUUAAGGCUCUGGAGCAUUCUGCACUGGCCAUCAACCACAAAUUGGAAAUCAAGUACAUAGAUUCUAUGGACUUGGAGCCCAUCACCUCGCAGGAAGACCCCGUGCGCUACCACGAAGCUUGGCAGAAGCUCUGUAGUGCUCAUGGAGUGCUGGUUCCAGGAGGAUUUGGUGUUCGAGGAACCGAAGGAAAAAUCCAAGCAAUUGCCUGGGCUCGAAAUCAGAAAAAGCCUUUUUUGGGUGUGUGCUUAGGAAUGCAGUUGGCAGUAGUUGAAUUCUCAAGAAACGUGCUGGGAUGGCGAGAUGCCAAUUCUACAGAGUUUGACCCUACGACCAGUCAUCCCGUGGUCGUAGACAUGCCAGAACACAACCCAGGGCAGAUGGGCGGAACCAUGAGGCUGGGCAAGAGGAGAACCCUGUUCCAGACCAAGAACUCAGUCAUGAGGAAACUCUAUGGAGACGCAGACUACCUGGAAGAGAGGCACCGGCACCGAUUUGAGGUGAAUCCAGUCUGGAAAAAGUGUUUGGAAGAACAAGGCUUGAAGUUUGUUGGCCAAGAUGUCGAAGGAGAGAGAAUGGAAAUUGUGGAGUUAGAAGAUCAUCCCUUUUUUGUUGGUGUUCAGUACCACCCUGAGUUCCUGUCCAGACCUAUCAAGCCCUCCCCACCAUACUUUGGCCUCCUCCUGGCCUCUGUGGGGCGGCUCUCGCAUUACCUCCAGAAAGGCUGCAGGCUCUCACCCAGGGACACCUACAGUGACAGAAGUGGAAGCAGCUCCCCUGACUCUGAAAUCACCGAACUGAAGUUUCCAUCAAUAAAUCAUGACUGAUCUUGUAGUGAUGAUUCUUCAGGAGACCCUUCAGACUUGGGUAGAGUUUACAGCUCUGACUUUACACUCGGCUUUGGACACUUUCUUUAAAUUAUGUUUUUAUUAAGAUUAUUUUAUUAUGCGGAAAGGUAUUUGGGAAACUUGUCACUUGCAUGUCCCAUCAUGUGUACUGGCUCCUCUGUGGUGUCUGCCUGUUGCGUGACACUCUCCUUGCAGUUCUUGAGUUGCGGCAGACAUUGGGAUGGGAACUGAUGGUGGGUGGGGCUGCAGAGUGCCCCAUCGGUCACCUGGUUUCUCAACUACCUCGCGUCAUUGCAGAUGCUAGCGCGUUGCCUGUCGCUUUCCCCUGGAUGCCUAGACCGUUAUAAAGUGUGCCACAUGGACUUACUGAGCAUGGAGAGAGGAUUUUAGCUAGGAUUUGAACACUUGGUGCUGGGAACCUCAGGGUGUUGCUUGCCACUAAGCCAUGAAACCAGAGACAAAAUCUCUAUACUGCCCUGAGUUGGGGGGAUUCUCAGUGCCAACUGUGGCUGGUCCUCGUCAUCCAAAGGGACGGUCAGUUUGGUGUCACAUGAAACACCAAGAUGUCUGUCUCUGAAGCGUGAUUUUAAAAUCCCCAUGCCUGUGGCUGCGCUUCCUGUUGCUAGGGCUGGGAAACACUCCUUGCAUCAAGGGGUCACUUACAGAACAGAGUCUUUUGGGGAAACUUCCUCUAAAACCCUCUCAUAUAUAGACAGCUUUGACUCGAGGGUACGUUUUUCUUCCAGGAUGGUGUUACUGCAGUUGAAAGGGCAAUAUGAAGUUAUUUUCUUAAUGUGACCUAACGAUAGGCACAGCUAUGUGCUCCUAUAUUCUGGCCAGACUCAAUGUGUACUCUAACUUAAGAAAUAAAUAAAUAAUGCA